UCAAAAUUCACGAAAAAAAACACACACAAUCACACUCUCUCACACACACAGUCACUCUUUCUCGCCACCCAGAAACCCUGGGCACCGUGCUUCCAAUUUUAUCGCCACCGCCUAGUCGAUUUUCCGGCGCGGUAUUCCGACGAGUCACAUGACCCCGACGCCGAGCCCGGAACCCAAAGAAUCACCGCGAAGCCCGAGGGGAACCGGCAUGAGACUCAUAGUACCUCUACAAGGAGUAGUUCAAGGCAGGGGCGGUCUAAUCCUCGGUUCCCUAAUCCCCUGCGCUUUAUUCUAUUUCCUUCAAUUUUACCUCAAACGACACCGUUCGCCCCCUUCGAACCCUCCGCCGCGGUCCACGUCGGCGGCGAACCUCUCCGAGCUUCCACGGUCGUCCUCGCGUGCCAAUUUGCUCGCACGUGGCUCCACCGGACGCGCCCACUUGUCUGCCCGAGCGUCUUCCAUCGCAAAGCCGAACGAUUCGCCCUACUACAUUGGAUUGGAUCGGGUGCGAGAGGAUCCGUACGACGAGAUUGGCAAUCCGGAUGGUGUUAUGCAGCUUGGAUUGUCGGAAAACAGGCUGUCGUUGGAUUUAAUUGAAGAGUGGCUUUCAAAUAAUUUGACUGAUUCCGUACUCGGAGUACGAGGUGAGGCUAUGGGGCUGAGCGGAAUCGCAACGUACCAGCCUAUGGACGGAUUAAUGGCAUUCAAAGUGGUGAUGGCUGAUUUCAUGACUGAAGUAAUGGGAGGAAGAGUGUCUUUUGACCCAUCAAGAUUGAUAUUAACUUCUGGUGCAACUCCUGCCGCUGAAAUACUUACUUUUUGUCUGGCUGACCAAGGAAAUGCCUUCCUUGUCCCUGCACCCUACUAUCCUGGAUUUGAUAGGGACAUAAGGUGGAGAACAGGAGUUGAGCUAAUCCCUGUUCACUGUCGCAGCUGUGAUAACUUCACAUUAAGCAUCACAGCUCUCGAACAGACAUUUAACCAGGCAAGGAAACGAGGUCAAAAGGUCCGAGGAAUCCUCAUUUCUAAUCCAUCUAACCCUGUCGGGAACUUGCUGAAUAGGGACAUGCUCUACGAUCUCCUAGAUUUCGCCAGAGAGAGGAACAUCCACAUCAUAUCAGACGAAAUCUUUGCAGGCUCAACAUAUGGGAAUGAAGAGUUUGUAAGCAUGGCGGAGAUAGUUGACGCAGAAGAUGCUGACAAGGAUAGGGUUCACAUCAUAUACGGAUUAUCUAAAGAUUUUUCCAUCCCAGGCUUUAGGGUUGGAGCUAUAUAUUCCUCCAACGAAAAUGUUUUGGCUGCUUCAAGGAAAUUGACUAGAUUUUCUUCAGUUUCAACUCCAACUCAGCUGAUUCUUUCAUCAAUGCUCUCUGAUAAAAAGUUCACACAGGAAUACAUCAAGACAAAUAAGAAGAGAAUACGCACAAUGUUUCACUUAUUUGUUGCAGGUUUAAAAGAGCUUGGUUUGGAAUGCACAAAAAGCAGCGGGGGCUUGUACUGCUGGGUUGAUAUGAGCAGAUUAAUUAGUCCUUACAACGAGAAAGGGGAGCUUGAUUUAUGGGAUAAGCUGUUAAAUACAGCCAAGAUUAACGUAACCCCCGGCUCGGCUUGUCACUGCAUUGAGCCAGGAUGGUUCAGAUUCUGUUUUACAACUUUAAGUGAAAGGGAGAUUCCUGUAGUCAUUGAACGAAUACACAAAGUUGUUGAAAGUUGUAAACCUCCUGUAUAGAACAUUGUGGAACCUAUGCUUUUUAGCCCUAAUUCGCCAGAUUUUUUUUUGCCAUGGUUUAAAUGGAGUGGCAAUCUUUUCAAUAAACAUCGAAACUCGUUCUUGCAUCAGAAAACUUAUAAUAUUACAAUACGAACAUUUAAGAAUGAUGAAAAGCAGAACUCGCAGAGAUUUCUUCAGAUACAUUAUUGCCGGCAAGGCAAUAUUUUUUUUUACAUUAGUUUUAGUUGCAGUUGUCUCUUCCACUUCGUAUGCAGUCCCCUGAGUCCAUUGCCACUUCCUAAAAUGCCGCAAGCGAAGGCGUUGCCCUUCAAAAAGUCCUGCCAUCAGGAAUUCUCUCUCUUGCACAUCUGCUUCACGAGAAGAAUCUUUCGGCACUAGCAGAGGAAAUAGCCACUCCAGGAAAGAAGCCCCGACCAAGCUCGUACUUCCCGAGGCAGUACUCUCCGUUUCAGAAUCCGAUGAAUAGGGACCCUCCUCCACCUGUCCACCAUACGUAGUAGUAGUUGUCAGUGCAAGUGAAGUUUCGUACACAGGUACAGCGUUUGAAAGUGCGUUGGUUGAUACCAGAGCAUUCGCCAUGAGACACUUUGCUGAACUGAACGAAUCUUCUGUUUCAAUACUGUGCGAGUCGAUCUCCGAGUCUGAUAAUCCAUCUCCUUCAUUGUAACUCGGACUCCAGUUCACGGAAUCAUGGUCAGAGUAUUUUGGAGGUGGUGAAUAGACAACGAUGCUGUUUUCAUACGAGGGUGAAAGUUUCGACUCUUUUGGAGGUUGUACAAAGGAACGGAGUGGUGUGCCGGGUUUUUCUUCCCAUCCGAAAGGAACUGACACGACGAGCUUCGGAGGUGGUACAGCGUGCUUAAUUGGUUGUACAGUCGGUUUCCAGUCUUUCUUCGGCUUCCCGGGUUUCUCUUCCCAUAUGAAUGGAACAGAAAUCGGCUGUCUCUCUCUCCUUUUGUCGCUCUUAGAAGGUUGCCUUUCUGCUGCCAUUUUUGAAGUGUUGUGUGAUAACAAAUUUGUGAGAUUACUCUUUGAAUUAGAUCUCUGUAUAUAUAGUUUGUGGAAUGAGUGGAGUUGUGGUUUUUCAACUAA